AUGUCCUUUUCCCCCAGGUCGCACCUCCCUUUCCCCUCAGGUCGCACCUCCCUUUCCCCCAGGACGCACCUCCCUGUUCCCCCAGGUCGCACCUCCUCCUCCUAUCUCCUCCCGUCCCUCCUCUCUCAGCUCAUUCUAUCUCCUCCCUUCCCUCGACCCCAGCUUUCCCUCACGUCUCCCCCUCCUUCCCCCCAUUUCACCGUUCUCUACCCCAUUUCCCCACAACUUUGUCUACAUUUCCCCCCUCCCCCCUUCCGCCACCCGCGUCUGCAGCCUCGUGACCGCCACGGAACCGCCAGAUGCGCGUUUGACGAGAUGCGCGAGAUGCGGCCAUUCAUGCGCCAGCACCUUUCCUCAUCCCUCCGAACCUUUCCUCUCCGCCCUCCGGUAGUGGCGAGCGUAGUGAGUGCGGGUUUAGGAAGGGAAGUGCAUCUUGCACUCAACUGCGCUCACACGAACCCGCGCAUUCCUCCUCAUCCCUCCAAUCCCCGUCAUCCUCUCUCCGCCCUAUCCUUCUCUCUCCCCCCUGUCCUUCUCUCUCCCCCCUGUCCUUCUCUCUCCCCCUUGUCCUUCUCUCCCCCCCCUGUCCUCCUCUCUCCCCCCUGUCUCUCUCUCUCCCCCCUGCCCUUCUCUCUCCCCCCUGUCCUUCUCUCUCCCCCCCGUCAUCCUCUCUCCCCCCUGUCCUUCUCUCUCCCCCCUGUCCUUCUCUCUCCCCCCUGUCCUUCUCUCUCCCCCCUGUCCUUCUCUCUCCCCCCUGUCCUUCUCUCUCCCCCCUGUCCUUCUCUCUCCCCCCUGUCCUCCUCUCACCCCCCUGUCAUCCUCCUCCCGGCCUGUCCACUCCCCUGGCGUCGACCCCAUGAGCCUCAGGAUUUCCAACAUUCCCUCUCACCCGUCUUCCUACCUCCUCAUUUCCCUCUCCCCACUGCUUCCUAUCCCCUCCUUCGGCUCCCCCUUUUCCGUCCCUACUCUCUUCCCAUCUCCCAACAACUCUCAUCCUCCUCCUAUCUCCUCCCAUCCCUCACCACCUUCCUUCUUAUCACCCUCACACCCUCACUCCCCUCUUUCUAUCUCCUCCCUUCCCUCUCCCCCCUCUCUCCGGAAAAUUCCCCUUUCCUCCCCCCUCCAACCCCUCAUUCCCAUCCCUCCUUUCACUCAUUUCCUCCCCUGCUCCCCCAUUUCCCAGUGCGCGUGGCUGCUGCUCGCUUCGCCUGCGUUCGCCAACCGCCCUUUUGCCUCCUGCGCCUGCAGGCGCGCGUGACCGCCAGCUGCGCGUUUGACGACGCGCGCAAGAUGUGCACAUUCACGAGCCGCGUGACAGCAGCGUGGGUGCCAGAGGCAGAGGCGUGGCGGAUCGCUGCUACCCCUCGCACCUUCUCGCUCCCAUCCCCCUAUCACCUUCACGUUAUCGCCUCCUCGCUGCACCCUUCACGUUUUUUACGCUACUCAAUCCUGGACAGCGGUGGACAGCGUUAUCCUGCUCGCAUGCCUUUCUCCCGCCUCUGCUCGCUUUUUAUUUCCCCGCGCCUGCUCGCCGCCCUUUCUCCCGCAGAGACUAGCUUGCUAAACCCCGCGCCGGCUUGCAUGCCUUUCUCCCGCCUCAGCUCGCUUCAUAUCCCCCCGCGCCUGCUUGGAAAUGCGGGGAGACGAGAGGGGGUUGAAGGGAGCAAGGCACUGCUACGAGAGGGGGUGGGAGGGAGCAAGGGAGAGAUACGAGAGGCGGAGAGACAAGAGGGGAGUGAAGGGAGCAAGGCGGAGAGACAAGAGGGGAGUGAAGGGAGCAAGGCGGAGAGACAAGAGGGGAGUGAAGGGAGCAAGGCGGAGAGACAAGAGGGGAGUGAAGGGAGCAAGGCGGAGAGACAAGAGGGGAGUGAAGGGAGCAAGGCGGAGAGACAAGAGGGGAGUGAAGGGAGCAAGGCGGAGAGACAAGAGGGGAGUGAAGGGAGCAAGGCGGAGAGACAAGAGGGGAGUGAAGGGAGCAAGGCGGAGAGACAAGAGGGGAGUGAAGGGAGCAAGCCGGAGAGACAAGAGGGGAGUGAAGGGAGCAAGGCGGAGAGACAAGAGGGGAGUGAAGGGAGCAAGGCGGAGAGACAAGAGGGGAGUGAAGGGAGCAAGGCGGAGAGACAAGAGGGGAGUGAAGGGAGCAAGGCGGAGAGACAAGAGGGGAGUGAAGGGAGCAAGGCGGAGAGACAAGAGGGGCGUGAAGGGAGCAAGGCGGAGAGACAAGAGGGGAGUGAAGGGAGCAAGGCGGAGAGACAAGAGGGGAGUGAAGGGAGCAAGGCGGAGAGACAAGAGGGGAGUGAAGGGAGCAAGGCGGAGGGACAAGAGGGGAGUGAAGGGAGCAAGGCGGAGAGACAAGAGGGGAGUGAAGGGAGCAAGGCGGAGAGACAAGAGGGGAGUGAAGGGAGCAAGGCGGAGAGACAAGAGGGGAGUGAAGGGAGCAAGGCGGAGAGACAAGAGGGGAGUGAAGGGAGCAAGGCGGAGAGACAAGAGGGGAGUGAAGGGAGCAAGGCGGAGAGACAAGAGGGGAGUGAAGGGAGCAAGGCGGAGAGACAAGAGGGGAGUGAAGGGAGCAAGGCGGAGAGACAAGAGGGGACUGAAGGGAGCAAGGCGGAGAGACAAGAGGGGAGUGAAGGGAGCAAGGCGGAGAGACAAGAGGGGAGUGAAGGGAGCAAGGCGGAGAGACAAGAGGGGAGUGAAGGGAGCAAGGCGGAGAGACAAGAGGGGAGUGAAGGGAGCAAGGCGGAGAGACAAGAGGGGAGUGAAGGGAGCAAGGCGGAGAGACAAGAGGGGAGUGAAGGGAGCAAGGCGGAGAGACAAGAGGGGAGUGAAGGGAGCAAGGCGGAGAGACAAGAGGGGAGUGAAGGGAGCAAGGCGGAGAGACAAGAGGGGAGUGAAGGGAGCAAGGCGGAGAGACAAGAGGGGAGUGAAGGGAGCAAGGCGGAGAGACAAGAGGGGAGUGAAGGGAGCAAGGCGGAGAGACAAGAGGGGAGCGAAGGGAGCAAGGCGGAGAGACAAGAGGGGAGCGAAGGGAGCAAGGCGGAGAGACAAGAGGGGAGUGAAGGGAGCAAGGCGGAGAGACAAGAGGGGAGUGAAGGGAGCAAGGCGGAGAGACAAGAGGGGAGUGAAGGGAGCAAGGCGGAGAGACAAGAGGGGAGUGAAGGGAGCAAGGCGGAGAGACAAGAGGGGAGUGAAGGGAGCAAGGCGGAGAGACAAGAGGGGAGUGAAGGGAGCAAGGCGGAGAGACAAGAGGGGAAUGAAGGGAGCAAGGCGGAGAGACAAGAGGGGAGUGAAGGGAGCAAGGCGGAGAGACAAGAGGGGAGUGAAGGGAGCAAGGCGGAGAGACAAGAGGGGAGUGAAGGGAGCAAGGCGGAGAGACAAGAGGGGAGUGAAGGGAGCAAGGCGGAGAGACAAGAGGGGAGUGAAGGGAGCAAGGCGGAGAGACAAGAGGGGAGUGAAGGGAGCAAGGCGGAGAGACAAGAGGGGAGUGAAGGGAGCAAGGCGGAGAGACAAGAGGGGAGCGAAGGGAGCAAGGCGGAGAGACAAGAGGGGAGCGAAGGGAGCAAGGCGGAGAGACAAGAGGGGAGUGAAGGGAGCAAGGCGGAGAGACAAGAGGGGAGUGAAGGGAGCGAGGCGGAGAGACAAGAGGGGAGUGAAGGGAGCAAGGCGGAGAGACAAGAGGGGAGUGAAGGGAGCAAGGCGGAGAGACAAGAGGGGAGUGAAGGGAGCAAGGCGGAGAGACAAGAGGGGAGUGAAGGGAGCAAGGCGGAGAGACAAGAGGGGAGUGAAGGGGAUAUGGGAGAGGAUAAAAGGGAGCAAGGCAGGAGGCGGAGAGAAGGGAGGGGAUAA